GGCAGAGCUAAUCCUGAAGCUCCAGAGGUGACACAAGAACCAAUCAACACAACAUCGCCCUGUCUGCGGCACCGGACUCAUAAUGGCCCCUUCGGCGCAGGCGCACAGGCGGUCCCACAGCCUGCUGCUCCUGCAGAAGCUGCUGAACCUCCGCGACGGCGCGAGCCCCCUGACGCUUGUCCUGGACUCGCUCGAGCAGGCCGCCGCGCCGCUGAUGCGCGAGUUCACGUCGCGGGCCAAGAUAUCCCGAAACAGGGUCGUGCUCGUGUCGUUUGCAACACUAAAGAAGCCGCGCGACGUCGACGUCUUCGUCAAGGCCCGCGGCAAGCCGCUCAAGGCCCUGCGGUCCGAAAUCGCCGCCCAUAUCCCCGACCCCAGGGCAGCAGCAGCAGCAGCCGAUGGGCAGGGUAGAGGCGGCGCGCCGGGCCAGCGCGCCCUCAUCAUAAUCGACUCCCUAAACGCCCUCGCCGCCUCGUCCCCGCGCCUCCUCGCCGCCUUCCUCUCCGGCCUCGUCACGCCGUUCUCGUCCGUCGUCGGCGUCUACCACGACGACGUGCCGCUGGCCCUACCCUACCCCUCCCCGGACGGCGGCCACGGGCCCGAACCGCUAGCAGUACUGCGCCACCUGGCCACCGCCGUCGUGCGCGUGUCGAGCCUGCACCACGCCGCCGCCGCCCGCCGCGCCCUGGACCGGAGCGAGCCCGAGCCCGAGUUCGGCCUGCGCGAGGGCCGCGAGGGCGUCCUGGUCGGCUUGCGUGACGACAUCGCCGCCGCCGCCGCCGCCGACCGAGACGCCGUCGUCCUGGAGAUGGAAGUGCGGCGCCGCAGCGGCCGCGCCGUCUCAGAGCGCUUCGUGCUCGCCCCGGCGGCCCCGGCGACGACGUCCGGGCUCGUGCUGCUGUCGGACCACCCGCUGUUUGCGGCGCCCGUGGCCGACGAGGCCGCGCAUGGGGCCGCCGGGGAGGCCGAGGCCGAGACGACCUUCAACCUCGGCCUGACCGAGAAGCAGCGGCGCGACAGGGAGGGGAUCGUGCUGCCCUACUUUGACGCCCAGACCGACAUCGGGGGCGGCGAGGGAGGGCGGAUUCUUUACGAGAUGGGUAGGGAGGACGACUUUGACGACGAAGAGGACGAGAUCUAGACUUCACUAUACCCAAAUCGCUCGUCACUCCAUGGCAAGGAUUGAAUCAAAGCCAUCUUCUCCACUCGCACAUGGGAGCCCAGUGUGCCUCCAUAAAUGCAAGCGACUCGUCUCUAAAAAGGGGUAUAUCUGCGUUACAUCUCAAGGGCAUCACAAACGAGUCCAAAUUCUUGGUCAUCCUUCACAGCUCGUCCUUCACCUCGUGAGUCUUGCCGCUGCUGCUCAGAUCAU